AUGCCAAUUUAUCAAAUCGAUGUGUCUUUAAAUACAAGUAAUGUAACAUAUCCUACUAAUACGCUUAUAUUUUAUUUGCCGGAUUCUAUUAAAUUAAAUAUCAGUGAUGAAUUUUAUAUAACAUUUGAUCAAGGUGUCUUGUUUUCGAACGCUGCAUUGAAUUCCACUGCUCAAAAUGACUCGAGUUUUUGGCAUUUAGUAGUUGUGAAUUCUGAAACAAGUACUACUCCACUAGAAUAUACAUCAAUGGGAACUACUUAUAACCUAACGACUGGUUCCUCGAUGAGCUAUAGUGAUACUAGUACAGGUAUUAUGACAACAAUAAUAACUACAUAUGAUUCAAUUAAUCAAACAACAACAACAAGUUUAAAUACUACAACUAUUAGUGAAUCACCACCAACUCGUUCGGCACAAUUGGGUAUGGGUAUAGGUAUAACAUUUAUUACAAUAAUAAUCAUCGGUGAAAUAUUAUAUUUUAAAUAUUGUCAUGAUGGUAAUGGACGAAGUGGGAGUUAUUUUACAUAA